GCGGCCGUGAAAGUCUGCCGGCUCGUCCGGUCCGAGGGUCGAGGAUAUCAUCACACCCAGGUUGAAGUUGCUGUCAUGCUUCACUCUGGAAAAUGAGUGAGAGUUUUUCUCCUGGCCCGGGAGUUGAGCCCCAGUCCCCAUAUUCAACUGUCUUUCUGUCGCAGAGGGAUCUUGGACUCAGGGCCCCAAUUAACUUUGUUACCGGCCCAGGCAUCUCUUUGACAGCAGCCUGCUUUCCACACCUCAGAUAUGAGGAUGACAGCUCAGGAGACUGCUUGUCGAAUCUACUUGGAGUGGGUUUCCACAGAUUCGAGAUAGACUUGUAUUGGGAUCAAGGAAGAGGGGUUUGGUCGUUCUGCCCUGUCAGUAUUCCGAUUUCGAUCCCGAAUGCGGCCCCCUCAGCAACGGCAACCCUAAGUUUCACUUCAAACACCCGCUCCUCAUUGACGUCGGAUACUACUGCGUCUAUUUCUUCGUCCUCCCCCCAAAACUUGAAUCCUCGACAAGUUAGUUCUAGGUCGAUCACCAGCUCGUUAACUAGCUCAAGCUCCGAAUCGAUACGUACCGCUGUAACCUCUUUAGGAAAUGUUCUUCCUACAAUUGCAGUUCUGCCCGAUACUCCAGACGAGCCCUUGAUAUCUAUCGGACCAUACGUUUGUACCACCACCAUAAAUCUCUCUACUUUCACGAGUCAACUUCUGGAUUAUAUUCAGAAAACUCAGAUGACUUUAGAUGCGCACCUCCUUUAUGUUAUACUUAAUAUACACGCUGCUGCCUCUGAUGAAUCGCCGGCCUCACCGGCUCCAGCUCCAAUAAGCCUACCAGGACCAUCGAGCCUUCUCGGAGGCAUGGUUUCUGGAAAUCUUUCCCAAUACCUCUAUACACUGUCAGACCUCCGAUCAGACCGCGCAAAUCUUAAUGGAUCCUGGUAUUCGGUCUCUGAAACCUACCGCCCAGUCGAGGAAUACUAUUCCAUUGAUGUGAAUGAAAAUGGCAUCUACUCAACUGAAGAUGGCUGGCCAUCCGAAGGCUACCUCGAGUUCUCGAAGAGCAAACGUUUGCUUGUUGGCUGGGGUACGAUUGACCCUCAAAUGGCGGGGUACAACUUCACGGGAGAUUCGGGAGUCAUAUUUCCUACUGGAUUCCUUCAAAACGUACAAGCGGAUGUCACUGCUUCAAGCGCGGGACGAUUGACGAGUGGCUGCUUUUUGGGCAAUCUUACGGAUGAUUUGACUCAGAUCAAUUCCUCCUGGGCCUUUGAUGCAAUAUUACCUGGCUUCGAUUAUCCCACAAGCGAAUCAUCAGAUAUAUAUCCCCUUCUAAACCUCACCUCCAACUCCACAAAUUGUGGAAUUUCGCCCAUCCUCAACGUGACACUCUUGAAUAGUACCGCUCUUGAUGACUAUAAGCCUUACCAGAACUUCUCGUACGCCACGAUCUGGUCUUGGGCGCCUGGCGAACCGAAAAACUACACCGAGUCACCAUCCUCCAAUUCAGGCUCUGUUUUCCGCUGUGCAACCUCGAACGUUGACCUUGACGGCCGCUGGAUGGUGGCAGACUGCUCUCAAAAAUAUUACGCAGCUUGUCGAGCACACAAUCAGCCAUACAACUGGACAAUCACAAAUUACCCAAUUUCGUAUAGUUUUGCCAGCCAGGCUUGUAAAGAUCCAUAUCAUUUUACUGCUCCCAGAACAGCGUUAGAGAAUUCUUACCUGACACAGGAGAUGAGGCGGACCCGUCGAGAUUUCGAUGGGGGUGGAGCUUGGGUGGACUUCAACAGUUUAGACGUUGCUGGGUGUUGGGUUACAGGGGGACCAAACGCUACAUGCCUUUGGAAAGAUAUCUUGUCACAGGAGAAUGAUCUGGAAAAGAAGGUGAUCUUGGUUCCCACUGUUGCUGCUAUUAUCGUGCUAGUUGUCACAGCUUUGACGAUAUUUGUGAAAGCUGCAGGGAACCGAAGGGUCAGAAAAAGGACGAGAAGGAGAGCUGAGAAUGGGUUUGUGUAUGAAGGUGUGCCUUCGUGAAUUGCGGCUAUUGGAUUCUUUGAUUCGAACCGGAUUGUUUUUAUGAUAUCAGGCCCUUUGUCAGAAUAUACCAACAACAAUUCGAAUUCCUAGCUUUAGAGACAGGAAUCAACCCGGCUUCAACAAACGCUUUGCAAAUGC